UUUCUUUGUGCUCGAGAAACUACUGUGGUAUUUCGAAUAAAAUUUUGUAUUACCCACUGGGAAAUUUGUUUUCGCCCUCUAUCGGAAUAUCCUGAUUUUAUUACUUAAAUAUGCCAUAGUUCUUUGGUCUAUUAUAGGAUUAUGAGUAUAUACACGAUCUUCUAUGCGCAAUUUGGUUCUUACAUUGUGGUUAAGUAACUUGUGCUUUCGGUACCUUAAGAUUUGAGUAAUAUUAUAAUUAUCUAAUGAUAUUACUGUUAAAACAAUAGAAGAACAAUGACAGUCUAUAUAUUAAGCAAAUUAACAUCUUUAAUUCAAAAUACAAGAAAUCAAAGUAGGCCUUUCUUUUACUGGCUUACUGUUGUAUUUAAUAGAGUUGAUGCUGAUCGUAUAAAGGAAAUUGGUCCGGAUCGUGCUUGUGCAGAAUGGCUUUUAAAAAAUGGGGCAUCUGUCAGAUGGAAAGAUUUUUCUGAACCAUUAACUGAUUAUAAUGCAUUACCAUCUAGUGGAAACUAUUACAUUGAAUCUAUUGAAGCAAAUGAUGCUGGAAUAUGUGAUGUAGGAUUUCCAUAUCUUGGAGGAUGCAAACACAUAAAAAAUAUAAAAUUGGAAAGCUGCAGAUACGUUGAUAAUAGAGCUAUACCCUAUCUAUCGCUUAUUCAAGAUUCUUUAACUAAUUUAGAAAUUAUAAAAUGUAAAAGCAUUGAUGAUGAUGGACUACGUGAAUUAAAAGUAUUGAAAAAUCUAAAACAAUUGAAAAUUAAAGGAUUAUCAAGUAUCACGGAUAAUACUGUUCAGAAAGAACUUAUCAAAGCUUUGCCCAAUUGCAAAAUAGACUUUGAAUAAAUGACUUAUGUUUGAUUAUUAGUUAAAUUAUUUUUGAUAAAUGUGUUAAGAAUUGUGUGCAAAUAUAAUAGUAUAACAUAA